GCCAUUUUGAAAAGGCGAUUGGUGGUUGAAAGGGGGAAACCUUCCGCUAUCUGUUUAAGUUAGAUAUGAGAAUAUUUUAAGAGCUGGAAAACUAGGAAGGCAAGAUGCCAGAGCAAAUACCGUUGUCGGACUUCGUGAAGGACACUUGGGAUGAUUUCAAAUCCCCGCACACGACCUCUUCAUUCACGAAAAACAUGCCUAACUAUAAAAACCUGGUGUCGACUCUUGAGGAAAGACUGGAUGCAGACCGCAGUGGAUUAACAAAAAUGAAGAAAUCAGUCAAGGCGCUGUAUAAUGCAGGCAAAAGGCAUGUUGAAAGUGAUGUGACAAUGGCAGAAAAUCUGGACAAUGUCAGUAACAGUAAUGUAGAGCAGGAGAAUGAAGUAGUUGAAGGAUUUAAGCAGUUUUCUGUAAUAGCCAGAGAACUGUCAACUUCUUUAAAUGACAUGGUAACCAAGUUAAACACUAUGCUACUGUACCCCCUGGAGGCCUUCCUCAAAGGGGAUCUAAAGGGGGUAAAGGGUGACAUGAAGAAACCUUUUGAUAAAGCUGCUAAAGAAUAUGAAACCAAAUUUGCUAAGAUAGAAAAAGAAAAGAAACAACAGGCUAAGGAUGCUGGGAUGACUAGGACGGAGGUGGAUGGCUCAGAAAUCGCUGAAGACAUGCUGAAGGAAAGAAAGGUUUUCCAGUUACAACUCUGUGAGUACCUCAUUAAAGUUAAUGAUAUCAAGACAAAGAAAGGGGUGGAAUUACUGCUGCAUUUAGUGGAGUAUUACAAAGCUCUGAAAGUUUUUCACCAAGAAAGUUUGGAAACCAUUGGAAAAUUUGAGACCUAUAUAGAGAAGCUGAUAGCACAACUACAAGGCAUCAAACAGAAACAAUACACAGAUCGCCAACAGCUGGUGGAACUCAGGAAUGCACUCAAAAACUCAAUGUCGUCAUAUAAAGAGGGAUCUAGAAAUACUAUAUAUACAGAAGACACUGGAAAGCCAGCUGCUUCUGCCAGUAAAAGCCCGGCGGGGUAUAAUCUACAUCAGCUCCACGGAAAUAAAGAUCAUGGAAGCCAGAAAUCAGGCUACCUGCUAAAGAAGAGUGAAGGAAAAGUACGCAAAGUGUGGCAAAAAAGGAAGUGUACCAUCAAAGAUGGCAUCAUGCUAGUCAGUCACUCAGAUGAAACAAAAGAACCAGUGAAAUUGAAUCUCCUUACAUGCCAAGUAAAGCUUGUUGCUGAUGAUGUUGGCAAGAAGUGUUUUGAUCUAGUCUCUAGCUCCAAUAAUAGAACGUACCAUUUCCAGGGGGAGGAUGUCCAGGAGAUGGAAGAAUGGAUUUCCGUUCUGAACAAUGCAAAAGAAGAAGUCCUUCUGAAAGCCUUUCAGGACAACACGAACUCCCCUGCCAUAAAUCAGAAUGUCCGAGAACUUACUGCCAGUAUUAUUGAUCGAAUCAAACGGUUGCCAGGCAACCAAGUCUGCUGCGACUGUGGUGCAAAGGAUCCUGAGUGGCUAUCCACAAACUAUGGCAUCCUCAUCUGUCUGGAGUGCUGUGGUAUCCACAGACAGCUGGGCGUUCACAUCUCUAGAACUCAGAGUAUAGUCAUCGAUGAAUUAGGAACUUCACAACUUCUAUUAGCCCGAGUGGUAGGAAAUGACUGUUUCAAUGAAGUUUUUGAAGGCAAGAUAUACAAUGAUUUAGAUGAAGGAAAGGUGGAUGGAUACAAAAAACUGAAGUGUGCAAGUCCGAUGAAAGAAAGAGAGUCCUAUAUUUUUGACAAGUAUGAUAAAAAGAAAUUUGUCUUCAACACUAAUGGAAUGGAGGAGGAAAUGCGAAAUGACCUGAAACAAGCCAUUCAUGGCCGAGAUUUCCAGACCUUGCUACAGUUACACGCAGAAGGGACAGAUCUGAUGAGUGUCAUGCCAGAUAUGGAGAAUGGGGAGACGGGUCUACAUCUGGCUAUCUUACUGGAGGAUGGAUACUCUCUUUACAUCGUAGACUUCAUCAUCCAAAACAGUCUCAUAACAAGUCUGGGAAACAAAACUAGAGACGGCAAUACUCCAUUACAUCUUUGUGCAAUAGAGGAUAAGACAGAGUGUAUGAAGCUUUUAUUGAGGACUCGACCAGAACUGGCCAAGAUUGAGAACGCUGAAGGGAAGACAGCCCUGGACAUUGCUAAGGAGAAGAAUCACCAACUGUGUGCUGAACUGCUGACUGCAGCAUUAAGUGGACGGAAGGAUCUUUUUGAGAAUGUUAACAUUGACUGGGAUCUGAUAGCUGAUGACCAUGAGCACGAUGUUGAUUACAGUGAUGAUGAUUUAGAGUAUGUUGUAAUUGAUAAGAUAUGGGCUGCUUAUAAACAAAUUAACGAUCAGAACAGCACUCCAGAGAGGAAGCGUGGGUCACGACCCCAGAGUCUGGUGGCUGGUAUCUCCUCAGAGUUAGCUGGUUCCCUGGCCGUUCAUAAAGAGAAUUCUGAAGCAAGAGGACGAUCCGAUAGCAGCUCUCUACAACCAGCUAAAAAAACGGAGUUUUUAAAUAGACUGAGUCGUGUUAUAAAAAGGAAGGCAUCUUACGGGGAAAUUUAUCAGAUUUCCUCAGCAGAAGGGACCCCCAUACAGGUUGUUCAGAAAAAGCCACCACCUUGGAUUGUAACGGUCAAGAAAAAACGCCGCCAAAGAUUCAUACACCACAACCAGUCACCUUCAAAUGGAGGCUCAUUUCCAAGGGAUCCUAGUGCAGCGCAGGGACCGCUGGGACCAGGACCUCCCCUCCCACCCAGGAGAAAACCCCCGCCACCCCCACCCACCACAGCCCCUGGCCACAGCAGAAAUAAGUCCGAGGGGAGUGGUAUUGGGUUUUCCCAUAGAAGAAGUCCCUCGGAUCCACCCCCAAGACCGGCACCACCAGACGUCAGGAAUACCAUUCACUUCACUGGAAAUCGUACGUCAGCAGAAUCAGUCAGUAGCAACAGGUCAAGCCGACCCAGAAUUGGAUCAUCUGGAUCUGGCUCAGCUGAUGGUAGUCCUGCACAGCCUAACUCCCCAACAACUGAAAACGAAACUCCACCAUUACCAGCUCCGAGACUGAAGAAGAAGCUGCCGAUAGGACAGAAGUGUCAAGCAAUAUACGACUGUGACGCUGAUAAUGAUGACGAGCUAACGUUCAGGGAAGGGGAGAUAAUCGUUAUAACGGGGGAAGAGGAGGAUGAAUGGUGGGAGGGUGAGAUUGAUGGAGAACCGGGAAGACGUGGGGUAUUCCCCAAAACGUUCGUCAGCAUGAUCACAUGACCAGAGCCUGGGUAGUUACCGUGUCAGCCAGUAUUUACCAAAAGUCUACCAAAUAAGGGGCUUCCCAAACUCUUGUUGACUUUUUUUUGUUGGGCCUCCAUAAAAGUUGCUCAGAUCACAUCCUAUGUCUCAUUUCUAUUUAAAGCCAGUGUUAUUUUAAUCUUUCAGUCUAGUACAGUAAUUGUAAUUUAUAUAUUGCCAUGUAUAUAUAGCAAUAGCUUUUUUGCGGGUUUCAGAACUUAAUUGCUGACAUUUUGAUUUCAAAUAUACACCAAUCCCACAUUCAUUAAUAUUUGUACAUUAUACAGUUUGUGGGUCCAUUUUUUUUUCAAUUUCUUAGGGAGUGUUAAAAUGCUUCCAUUGCUGAAUUUUUUUGUGAAAUACAUUUUUUUUAUAAAACCUUGCUGUCUUUGAAUAAUAAAUCAUGUAAUAACGAAAGUUAUCACACCUUAAAAGUGCAAUUAAAAACAAAAGUAUUUUGAGAUAGUGCUAUUUUGUUGUCAAAAUUAACAGGUACAGCUGUUGGGAUUCAGUGAUCAGCCUUUUCAUAAUGGUUGAGGUUUUGAAAACCUAAUACCUUGUCUUAGAUCUUAGAACAGUGUUUUAUGAUUGUUACGAGAAUGUUUACUGUUGAUAAAACUUGUCAUUGUUAAUCUCGUUAUAAUAUUGUGAUUUUGUCUCAUUCCCAGUGCAUUUAGAUAUUCCAUGUAUUUCAAUGUUAACAAAAGUCAGCUGUAUGAAUUUUGUAUAUAGAUAUAUGUAUAUAUACAUGUAUAUAAUUUUUUGGCCCACUAAUGGAGUGCAUUUCCAAAAUGCACAGUCAUCUGAGAUGACAUAUGAGAAAUGGGAACAUUCCAUUUUGAUGUUCAUAUGAGAUUGGUAAUAUUGCACAAGAGAUUUUUGAAAGGCAGGAAUUUGUCUUAAUUAGAGUGAUUGAUCAUUUGAAAUGAGUUAUGGCAAAUAUUUUAUAAUUCUGCAUUUCAUUACAUAGUAGAUAGUUACCUAUAAUCUUAAGAUUCAGGACUGAAGAUUUGGAGACAUAUCUGUUCUUUCAUAAGGAUAGAAUAAUUUUUAGAAAUUUAUGAAAUAUUUUAGUAAGGCAAUUGAGCUGCUAUAUACAUUAAAUUUAAUGUUAAUCAUGAAACAUUAAGACUCAUAUAGUAUGAACAUGGAUAUCAAAUUUAUAGCAUUAAAUUAUUUGAAUCCUUAGGAAAAAUCUGAACAAUGCAUGCCUUCAAAAAGUUUUACAAAAUAUAUCAUACUCAGAUGCAUGUACAAGAUAUUUACAGACAUGUGUUCUCUACAUACAUGUAUGUAAGUAGAUAAAAAUAAUUAAAUUUCCAUUUUCCAUCAAGAAUUCUUAAAAAUCUUUGCCAUAAAAGCAUAGAGCCAACAUCAGUUUUAAAACGUAUUUAUCUGGAAUUCAAUUCAGCUCCAAUUUAUCUUUGUAUUUAAUAUUCCCAAGAAUACAUUACAUUUGUUUAGACUGGAUUCCUUAUAAUAUGAAUUGGCAGUUUCAAUAGAAUAUGAAUGAGAAAUUGCAAAUGCCUUACUUCCUGAGAAGGAAAUAUUGUUUGUGACAACUGAUGCUUGAAUUUAUUGAUACAAAAAAGAUGUCACCAUUAAUGUAUAGUGUAUCACUUGAUAUAAAAUCCAACUUUUUACCUUGGGAUAAAGUACCUGUAGUUACCAUACAUACAUGUAAUAUACCUCUCAUUAUUCUGUACUAGAGUUAUAGAUUUAAAGAAUAAGAUUGCAUUUCUCUUAUUCAUACACAAUAAGAUAUCUACAGUGCGUCCUUUAAAGGAGAAUGAUGAUUGAAGAUUAUACACAAAAUAUUAUUUCUUGUACCAUUAAUAAAACCAGUAUCAGCUGUUGGCUGGAUAUUAACAUUGCUCAGGCAUUACUUACAUCAUUGCCAUUUUCUUUUCUUGCUGUGCAUGUAUAAUGUAAUAUAAGCCAAAGAAAUUGUGUGUUCAAUCUGCUUGUGGAUUAAUAUAUUUGAUUCAAGGCACUUAAGACUUUAUUGAUUAUUCUAACUAAAUUUUGACUUUGUAUAAACCUUAUUCUAUUGAUGAGAUGAAUUUGAAUUUGUAUUUAAUACAUGAAAUACUUUGUACUUUAGAUUGACUAAUUGAUUGCACUGUAAUUAUUUUGCACCUAACGAGACACAUAUUGUACAUGUGUAUGCAAUAUAUAGUUUUCUCUGAGAUUUGAAUUGCUGUUAAUAUUUUUACGCCAUUUGUGAAUCAAACGGGUAUAAAUUGUUUACACUUUUCAAUACCUAUUAAUGUUUUUAUUUAAUAUCCAGUUAACAAUUUAUGUGUAUGAGGUUUGAAGUGCAGUAAUUUAACAAUGCUUAAAAACAUUUCACAAAAUUAUUUUAUCAGCUGAUCUGCCUAUUAUAUUAAUUUAAUCAUAUCUACAGUUUUAAUAUUUUUAAAUCUGUUUAUAAGUAAGGACUUGUUCCAUUUCUCUGGUCACAUUUUCUAGAUUUGAUGGGAACAGUUCAGUGCAGCUUUUUGUUUAAAGACACAGAUUAAGUAAAUUCUAUCAUUGUAACAAAUUAAACUGAUUUAUGUCUAGGCUGUCAAUAUUAAGUCAGGCAGCAGUUCUGUAUAAAAGUGUGAACCAUUCUCAGUGCAAUGUAACAUACUUGUAAUUAUAUGAUAUGGAGGUAAGAAUUUCCAAAUGAUUAUGAAAGACUAUAACUUUUCUACCUCCUUUCAAAUUUGCCUUUAGUCCCAACGUAAAUAUCUCUAUCAAGAUUCAAUAUUUACAGAAUGCAAUAUACUAGUUCUGCUUUUAGCAUUAAUGAAGUUAUAUGAAGUUAUAUCUAAAUCAGAAAUCCAAAUGUUAAUUGUGAGUUAUAAAUGCAGUUGAAAUAUCUGCCAUGUUUUCAAUUGUUUUGAAAUAAUGAGAAAAAGAA